CCGAACGAACGAUGCUCCACCGUAUUUUGUUUCCGUUGUGUUGUUAGUAAACGCGCCGUCGGUUUUUGGUUUUAUUUCGAUUGUUUCACCCAGUGCACCGCGUAUUCCCUUCGCCUGAUCGUGUUUGCACCGCGUGUGCAUGUGAGUUUGUGAAGUUCGGUGUGCACGAUCGCUCCUCCUCUUCCCGCGCACUCCCGUUCGUUUUCCCCAAUCCACCAGGGCCAGGGUGUUCCAGAAUGUCCCGUUACAACCAAACGCACGCAGGCUAUGCCCAGACCUUCAAGCUGGUCGUUGUGGGUGGAGGAGGUGUUGGCAAGUCCGCUAUCACCAUCCAAUUCAUUCAGAGCUACUUUGUAACCGACUACGAUCCUACAAUCGAAGAUUCCUACACCAAACAGUGCGUCAUCGACGAUGCGCCUGCAAAGCUGGACAUACUCGACACGGCCGGCCAGGAGGAGUUCAGUGCAAUGCGCGAACAGUACAUGCGUUCGGGCGAGGGCUUCCUGCUCGUGUUCGCCGUGACGGAUCACGCGAGCUUCGACGAGAUAUACAAAUUUCACAAGCAAAUACUGCGCGUGAAGGAUCGCGACGAGUUCCCGAUGCUAAUGGUGGGCAACAAGUCCGAUCUCGAUCACCAGCGCGUCGUUUCGCUGGAGGAGGCGCAACAGUUGAGCCGGCAGCUAAAAAUUCCCUACAUCGAGUGCAGCGCGAAGCUGCGCAUUAACGUCGACCAGGCGUUUCACGAGCUCGUGCGGGUGGUGCGAAAGUUUCAGCUUUCCGAGCGACCGCUGGUGGAUGAGAAGGGCAAGCGAAAGAACAGGAAAAAGUGCUGCAUACUGUAAUGGAGUGGUUCUUACUGACAAAUUCCUUCCCGUUUACAACCGCCAUCACGUUUGCUGCUCGUGCUGCUCGUGCUUCCCUCCUCAUCACUACUAACGAGCGGGUUCGCUCGUUCCCCAGUGCCGAAAAUGCAGCUAAUCUUCGUUUUGUUUCGUUUAAUUACGUUUAACUACCAUGGUGUUGUGUUCGUUUCCGUCAUAAUUUCGUCGUCGAUCGAUGUGUAAGAUAGGUGUAGUACACUUAACCACACUCCCCGCAACACUCACAACAGAACGCACAGCGCGAGAGCUGAAAACUCAAAAACAAACCCCCACUAAUGCAUGUUUUAGUAUUUAAGCUAACUAAAUCGAACAGAGCGCAGCCGAAAUAGGAUGGUUUUAAGUGCCAAAGUGCCCACAUCCUGCUGUAAGCGGGACAAUAAUGUGUGCAUUGUUUGUUACAGAUGCAACUAACGCACACCUACACAGCAGACUGCCGCCCCAAAUGCUCUCCCCACCGAUCAGCGCUGGGUGUGUUGGCAGGCAUAUUCAGAUCUAUACUUGACUUUUAUUGCUUAUCGUAAAACGUCGAAACAUUUUACAUUGUUAGCUCCAUAUCAAUCGAUGCAUCGAUUUUGCCAAGAGCAAGACUGGUGUUGCUGGAAUAGAGAUAGAUAGAGCGGUGGGAGAACGACAUCCGACGAUGUGCCAUAACAGAGCAAUAUUCUGAAGAUGAUGUUAUGUUUACCUAACGUUCAAUGUUUUGCACAAACUAACCGUCUUUUUAUGCGGUUUAUAACUUUACUCUGGAAUGGGUUAUGUGCCAGCUCCAUACUCAAUCAUUGGCACGAUUGUUAUGUAGACACACAUUGAACAAACACGAUUUCAUUCGAUGUUCAUGGCAUUGUUUUGUAAUUUAUUCUUUUUUCACACACAAUUUGUUGUGAAAUUAUUUGCUGCUAGAGCAAAAAUUAAUCUGCAAACAGUUUCGUUAAAAUCAUUCGAACUAAGUGAGUGUAUUUUACAGCACUACUGCACGAGUUCAGAUGAAUGUUAACGGCAAAAGAAAAGAAGAAAAAACCAGCAUAUAUCAAACGACGAAUUUGACGGGGCGCUCAAAAGCGUCACAUACACACAUAUUUAACGAUAUCGAAAACAAGACUUAUCCGUAGUUCACUAAGUGUUACAUUUUUUAAUUGGGAGGAACAAACCGCCCGAUCGUGUUGUGUUUACACACCCUUCACGAAGCGAACGGCAGUUACAGCAAACAGCAAACAUUAUAUACAAUCCGGAUAUAAAGGAAAGCAAACACACAGUUGUUAGUGUAGAACAAUAAUCUAAUCAUACGCGCGCUAGCUAAUACAUACAAAGUAACAGAACGGCGUUAAUAUUCGUUGUACAAUCGGUAGUUUCGUAAACGACCGGCCCAAUCGCAGAUUAGUUGUCUAUCGCGGUCCCAGUUGAAGCAACUAGGGAUACACUAAUCGGGGCAAUGGCAUACAAUGAUACGGCCUAUUAUAGGUGAACGACGAUAGCGCAACGCUUUCGUAUAUGCAGCCAAGAGAACAAGUGUCUAUUAACCAAAAUAAUAACGGAACGUUAAUGAUUAGCUUUAUUAUGUGUGCUUCGACAAAUGCAAUCAGCUGUGGCAGCUAAAAAAAGGCGUUCGAAGAGAAAGAGGCGUACGGGGAAAGAGGUAGAACAAAUCAUUAUUAAAACAGUCCAAGCUUAGUUUAUCCACCGUACAAUAUGCAAUAUACACGGGUAAUGAUUUCGCUAGUAAUGUUUUAAACGUUAUCACAACACACGCCUAGCAGGCAAGAUCAGGAAACACCAAUUCGUUCAGUAUCCGGUGCUAAAUUAUCGUAAAUGUGGGUGUUUCUGGUAGCAAAGCUAACCCCUUUUUCUU